CCUUGUAAUACAUAAAAUUUUAAAAUCAUUUCUAUUUUUACAAAUAUAUACUUUUUAUACCAAAGUCUUCAAUACAAAUCUAAUAUAUCAAAAAGAAAUGGUCAAAUAUCUCACUCAAUCGGACGCAAUAAAUAUAGAUAACGAACUGUUUGAAAAGUACAAAUUUAGUAUUGUUCAAUUGAUGGAAUUAGCUGGUCAAAGUUGUGCCAUUGCAAUUAAAAAAUGUUAUCCACUUGUUGCUAAUAACAAAAAUAAUAUUUUGGUUUGUUGUGGUCCAGGAAAUAAUGGUGGUGAUGGUCUUGUUUGUGCAAGACAUUUGAAGCUUUUUGAAUAUUCUCCAGUGUUAUAUUAUCCUAAAAUAACAAACAAUGCUAUACAUAAAAAUCUACUUCAUCAAUGUAUACAAAAUGAGAUUCCAAUUUUAGAAUCAGUAACACAAAUAAAAAAUGUCAAUGAAUAUAAACUUAUAGUAGAUGCAUUGUUUGGAUUUAGUUUUAAGCCUCCAGUUAAAGCAGAAUUUGUACCAAUUAUUGACAUUCUUAAAAAAUCAAGCAUACCUAUAUGUAGUAUUGAUAUUCCAUCUGGAUGGGAUGUUGAAAACGGCGCACUUGAGGAAGGUGGUAUAAAACCUGAAAUGCUGAUUUCAUUGACAGCACCAAAGCUUUGUGCUUACAAAUUUAAAGGAAUUCAUCAUUAUCUUGGAGGUCGAUUUGUACCUAAAAAACUUGAGCUAUCAUAUGAACUUAAAUUGCCAAAGUAUCCUGGGACUGAGUUAGUUAUAAAACUAUAAUUUAUUUUGUUAUAAUGUGUAACUACUUUUAUGAUAAAAAAAAUUAAAAA